AUGGAUGGGGACGCAAACUCCGACACCCGACCGGUCGGCGACAGCCCGCGGUCGACUGAUCACUCUGCAGUCGCCGGCGCUGGGGACACAUACGAUCCACAACAGAUCAUUGCGCUCGCCCGCCACCCUCCACCCGGCGCCUCUGUUUACCCCCCUUCGGCUACCCCAUCCCCUGCUCUCAACCCGCGCAGCUGCGUAACAUGUCGGAGGAGAAAGGUCCGUUGUGACAAGCACAUGCCAUGCUCCAAUUGUCGCCGCGCCCUAAUACCGUGUAUCUUCCCUGCCCCGGGCCGCGCGCCACGCCGACCACGUCCCAAGGAUCCCAAUGCCCCAACGAAGCAGCCGUCGAGCGAGCGCGAGAUCGAGUUGAUGAAGCGCCUGCGGAAGUUGGAGGGCAUUGUCGAGGAGCUCAGCGGCCAGAUCGAGGUGGAAUCGGUUCGCCAUCCGUACAGCCCAGAUCAUGGCUCUGACGCUGGUGGGCUUGCAUAUCUCAAGGAGGAUCACCACAAUAUCAUGGCCCGCAUGGGCGCGGGGCCAAAUGCCCCGAGCAGCAGCAGCUCCGCUCACGACUCACCGGGCGCGUCUGGCCCGAAGCUGCAGCUUAGGCCGACAUCCGGCUCCUUGUCAGAUACGGACUCGCUAGGCAAGCCGUCACCCGAUGUGCAUAAGCAGUUUGGCCGGUUGGUAUUGAACGAGAGGGGUGUCACGCGAUACGUCAGUAGCUCGCUGUGGUCAUCCAUUAAUGAUGAGCUCGACGAGCUCCGGAAGGAGUCCCAGGACCUCAGUGACGACGAGUCCAUUGUGUCAGAUGUCGCGGGCAGCCCUGACUCCGCGGAGCACGAGAGAAUGCGACUGGAACACCAAUCUUUCGUUGUCGGAUACCGGUCGGCUGACGUCGAUCUUAAGAAACUGCACCCCAUGCCUUCCCAGAUCCCAUUUAUCUGGCAGGUGUAUCAGGAAAAUGUCGAUCCCAUUCUUAAAGUCGUCCACGUGCCGUCAAUGAGCAAGAUCAUUAAAGACAUUCGACAUAAUCUUGAUAAUCUCAACCCAUCUACCGAGGCCUUGAUGUUUUCGAUUUAUUAUGCCGCUAUCACCUCGCUGGACGAGGAAGAGGUACAAUUAAAUUUUGGAACCCAGAAGAAGACCCUGGUCCAAAAGUAUCGUUUCGCUGUCGAACAGGCCUUGGCGAAGGCCGAGUUUCUCACCAAGCCUGAUUUCACUAUUGUUCAAGCUCUCAUGCUCUUCCUCGUCCUCGUCCGUCGGCACGAUGACACCCGUUUUGCCUGGAGCCUUACCGGAUUGCUGAUUCGCCUCAGCCAAGCCCUGGGCCUUCAUCGAGACGGGUCCCAUUUUCCGAACUUAAAACCCUUCCAGAUCGAAAUGCGCCGCCGUCUGUUUUGGGCCGUGUGCGUCCUCGACCUCCGCUCCGCCGAAGACCAAGGAACCGAGCUCACGAUCGGAUCCGGAACUUUCGACACUCAAAUCCCGCUUAACAUUAAUGACGCCGAUAUCUCGCCCGAAAGCACGAGCCUUCCCAAGGCAAGAGAAGGCACCACGGACAUGACGUUUUCGCUGAUUCGUUAUGAAAUUUGCUCCUUGUCACGGCGCUUGCACACAGUAUCAGCCGAGAUCGCCCCACCAUCGGCAGCCGAAGCCGACAAAACACUCGAGGAACGUGAGGCACUCUUGUCCGAGGUCUCAAACAAAGUGGAGAAUUCGCUCCUUAGAGAUAGUUCCAACCCUAUGUACUGGGUCGCGUCCAUCGUCACACGCAUCAUCGUCGCCAAGAUGACCCUCGUUAUUUAUCAGCCUGUCCUGUUUCCGGGGCCGGACGACGACCAGCUCUCUGAUGCAGUGCGGGCCCGCCUUCUUAACGCUGCCCUCGACGUGUUCGAGUACAGCCACGUCCUCAACACAGACCCACGGUGCAAACAAUGGCGCUGGCUGUUCCAGACAUGGAGCCAUUGGCAUGCGCUAGCGUACACGUUAAUCGAAGUCUCUCAUCGACCCUGGAGCCCCAAGUCCGAACGAGCUUGGGGCGCAUUGAAUCUGACAUACCAGUCGCCAAACCCGGCUGAACUCGAGAAGCUGGCUAGCCACCAUGCCGUGUGGAUGCCGCUGCGGAAGUUGUACAUCAAGGUGAAGAAGCAUCGCGAGGCUGAGAUUGUGCGGUUGCAAACCGACCCCGAAGCAGCUCAAGAGCUGGACUUCAAGGACCAGCCUAUUUCUCCGCCCCACGGUUUUGGUACUAUUCCCAGUUCAAGGAAGGGCGCUGUUGCCCUAGAUCGCUGGCGGAAGCUUGUUAAUAUCUCUGCCCCACAACAACAACAACAACAACCGCAAGAACAACCUCAACCAUCGUCAUUCCCGCGCCAGCUGCCACGGAGCCAAACCAUGCCACAGGCCUCGAUGAGCUUCAUACCGGAAGCCGCUUCAGAAUUUGCCAAACCGGAAAUCAUGGAGUUCAUCGACGACGCUAUGGCGGAUCCGUCUUCUAUCCCAACCGAUUUCGCACCUCUUUGGGCGUCGGCGGAUCCCACAGACCUAGCCCGUGCUGCAUUCCUCCCGUACCAACCGACCGAUGAUCCCACCCAAACUGGUGGUACGUCCGCGGGAACUUUUGAUAUUAAUUUGUCAUCAAUUCCCACCCUACAGCAACUUGGGAGGACCUCCACGUCGAUGAGCAUGCCUCUCAAUCUUACACAAUCCCAACAGCAGCAACAGCAAGAAGGCUCACAACAACCCACACCACACGGCCUACCCCAGCAAAGUUCUCUGAACUCUAACGGUACGGAUGAGAACCUCCCCACGUGGCUCUGGCCCGCGAACGGCACACCCGAUAUCAUGCAGAUGCCCACCAUGGGCAACGGCGAGGAUAUGGAUACGAACAUGGAUGAAGGGUUUGACUGGCAAACGUGGCAAGAGAGCUUAGGAAGGUACGAGGUUGAGACGAAUGGUGGACGAGCGGGUAAUACUUGGGGUGCUGGAUUUUAG